AUGCAAGUCGACCCCGACAUGGGUCUGAUCGUGGUGCGAUUCUUGUCUUACCACAAGACCAUCACCCUGCCAUUGCACCAGAGCGAAUGCCAAGCUCUCGUUCCGUUCCAAGCCGAGGCGGCGGAGACCGCGCGCAAGGUCGCCCGGUUGAUUGAUGUCUUACAGGGUACGUUAAAUCGAGCUGCUCUGGUCGAUGCGCUCCAGGCAUGCGGGGUGACCACGGCGAGGACUAGCAAGAAGUCCGUGAGGGGUUGGCAGACCAUCAUUGAGGUGCUUCUGUUCGACGUCUGGGCUCGCCUGCUGUCCAGUGAAGGGGGCAUUCAAUUGAAGCGUGCAUCAGGGAGGGAAAACUCUUAUAUCGUUCAAAUUGGGGGCCAACGGGCAAUAAGUGUCCAAAACAUCGAGGCGCUCAUGGUCGUCGUGGGGUCCGGGGUCUUCCUGGGCGACCAAGUUGCCAGAGCUUGCUUGUCGCUUCGACAAUGGCCAUCUGGUGUUCAGCUACAAGAGUUGGCGGUGGACGGUACCUGCCCACUUGAUGACGCUGGACCUCCUCGCCACUGGCAUCUUUAUGGCCUGGGCGAUCAAGUAGCCUGGCAUGAUGCCAGUCCGGCAACCCAAUCUAGCCGACUUGCAGUGCUUCAUCCAGAUCCUAGAUGCACCAUCAAUCCAACCUUGAGCAAGGCUUUGAGGCAUGCGGUGUCGAGUUUGGCACUGGGUAUGAGCGCAUGCGCAAAGAUACGUUCAAAACGAUUGCUGAUCUGCUGGAAGGCGCUACGCGGUUGA